UCAGCUGAUAACAGGACUACAAGAGUCGUAGUUUAUCCAAGAGCUUCACUCUUACAUUUUCACCAGCAAGCAUGUCAGAUUACGGGUAUGGUGGUGGUGGCUAUGGUGGACCCCCUGGAUACCCGGGUGGACCUCCUCCACCCCCGGGCUCAUGGACUCCGCCAAACAGAGGUUACGGACCAGACAGAGGCUACUAUGGCGGCCCUCCAGGUCCUCCUCAGUACGGAUAUGAGUGUCCAACGGGACCCUACCCCCAACCCCCUGGGUAUUCAGGAGGGUGCCCCCCUCCACCCCCUGGCCCUUGGAUACCACCCAACAGAGGUUACGACUGGUACCAAUGGGAGCGUCCGUCUCAUUGCAGAGGAGAAUUCCACUGGAUCCACUGUGAGCCGGGCCAGAUACCAUAUCACGCUGUACAUGCAGGAAGAGACAAGGACGGAGGUCCCCUGUACGCUGGUAGAGCUUACUACGAAGGAGAUUUGCUUCCAGCCAAGAUCGCACCUUCUCAUCACAAGGCUUACGUGCCUUGGGGAGGCAAGGAACAUGUAGUCCAUCAGUUUGAGGUGCUGAUCAGCCAUCACGCUGCAUGGGAGGAAGAUCGUGACGGAAGAGUUCCACCCGCGGCAAUGGUCAUUGGACAAACUGUGGAUGGAGAAAACUUGUACAUGGGUAGAACAAUGCAUGAUGGGACACUCACUCCUGGGAAGAUCCAACCAAGUCACAGAUGCCUGUACAUACCAUACGGAGGCCAUGAGAUAAAAUACCAUGCCUACGAAGUUCUGAUAUUGAACUAACGAUGAAACAGAAUUGGGAUUCAAAGAAUUAACAUAGAUUUUAACUAAAUUAUUAAUAUUGAUAUUUUUAUUGCAUUUUGUUUUCAAUUGUUCAAAUAAUUACCAUUACGGAUUUAAGUGAAUUAUAUACAUAAAUAAUUUGGAAUUAUCUUGGUUAAAAGAUAUAAUGUUUUAGUAAGAACCCACCAAGUAAGUAAAUAUGUCAUAACCUGCUUUUUUGUAUUCUGGUAAUCGUAUAAAGAAAACACAUAUACAACUUAUGAACAUAAUUUAGUUGAAUUAUUAAUAUGACACAAGCUAAAUGAGGGAAUUAUUACAAAUAAUAAUCCCUAAAUUAAAAGGAAGAAAUAUUUAUAAUAUGUAUCUUACAACAAUUAUAUUAUAUUAAUAUAUUA